AUGGCUAUUAAAACAAUUGGAUUGGCACUUGUUGGGAUCGUCUCCUCAUUUAUUUCUUCCGCGUUAUUUGCAUUUAUUUUUGCUUUUCAAGAUGAAAAAAAAAAAGAACUAGAGUACUAUGGUAAUAACAACAAUAAUGGGAAUAAUUGCAAGAAUAAAAUUUAUCCUGUUAACAGUGGUGGUAAUAUUCAUCAUCAUACUCAUAAUUUAACCGAGUAUGAAUAUCAAGAAGAAAAAGAAGAAAACAUGUCAAAAUCAAAUCAUUAUAAUCAAUAUCCUUUUUUAACAGAUGGUUUAACUGAUAAUAAUGAAGUUAGUAAUGUCAUUAGUGCUAUUAGAAUUAUUAGUAAUAUUAACAACAGCGGCAGUGGUAGUAAGUGUGAAGGUGAACAAAAUAGCAAUGAUCAUAGUUAUAUAGUUAAUAACGAGUAUGAGGAUAAUCCAUCGAAAUUUGGAUAUUAUUUAGAAGGUUGGGAUUAUACAAAUAAUGACGAGGAGAAUGAGAAUGAAUUAUAUGAAUCGGAUUAUGAUGAAUCGGAUGAAUUAAAUGAGGAUGAAGAGUUAGAUUAUGAUGAAUUGGAAUUGAUAAUGGAAAAGAUACUUGCUUGUGAAAACAAUAGUUCAGAUGAAAAUUUAGAAUAUAGUGACUAUGAAACUGAAACUGAAGAUGAAGAUGUUGGAGAUGAUUAUUGCUAUUAUAAUAAUUAUAAAUAA